AUGAAGAGCCUGAUCGGUUGUCUCAAACGACGUCGUUACCCUGUUCACUCCGCCCUUUUAUGGAAUGGAAGUUAUGCUGAGAGAGUAAGAUGGAGAGUGUUCCAGCUCGUAGGUCCCAGGGAUCUUGCGACGAGGAUGGACGAUAACGGUGUCUUGGCUCGCUAUUUACUACCUAAAUUCUUCUCUACUGGCUACUCCAGUGUGCAUGGUGAAAAACCAUCUGCUGAGUAUGCAAAGUUGAGGAAAGAAUCGCUCGAGACCCAAUUCGGACAUGCUCUCGGUUCGAGAAGUAUGUCUGCUUUCUACCGGUUUGGUCCAUUCUUGGCUUUGUAUAGAGCUGCUAUUAUUUCCUUCCAUGUAUUGAAGCUAACGGUUUGGCAGUUCUUCGUUCAUGAUAUCGAGAAACGUUCAGUUAAGUUUCGUGAAACACUUAUUCGCUUGGGUCCUUUUUAUAUCAAGCUUGGACAAGCUUUAAGCACAAGGCCGGAUAUACUGCCAAAAGUAUAUUGCAAUGAACUUGCUAAAUUACAGGAUCAAAUUCCUCCAUUUCCAACGCAUGUGGCACUCAAAUCCAUUGAAUCCGAGUUGGGAAUGCCAAUAUCGAAGAUAUUUGCUGAUAUUAGUCGAGAGCCUAUUGCUGCAGCAUCCUUGGGGCAGGUUUAUAAAGCUCACCUGCACACUGGAGAGCUUGUAGCCGUCAAAGUUCAGCGGCCUGGUAUGUCCCAUUCAUUGACCCUUGAUGCCCUGCUAUUCAAUAUGAUUGGAGGCCAGUUAAAAAGAUUUGCCAAAGCUCGUAAAGAUCUGUUAGUUGCAGUGAAUGAGAUGGUGAGACAUAUGUUUGAGGAAAUUGACUACAUACUAGAGGGUCAAAAUGCUGAGCGUUUUGCGGCUCUAUAUGGCUGCCGAUCAUGUAAUGGGGAUACAAGUGGAGCACAUCAGCAAGCCAUAGGGGUCAAAGUUCCCAAGAUAUAUUGGAAUUUAACCCGCAAAUCGGUCCUUACAAUGGAAUGGCUUGAUGGAAUUAAGCUCACAGACGAAAAACGUCUGAGAGAGGCCUGUCUAAACCGAAAACAACUCAUUGAUGAGGGUUUGUAUUGCUCUCUGAGGCAAUUGCUGGAAGUGGGAUUUUUCCACGCCGAUCCUCAUCCUGGAAAUCUCGUUGCUACUGAUGGUGGUUCACUUGCUUAUUUUGACUUUGGCAUGAUGGGCGAUAUCCCACGGCACUAUCGCGUGGGACUCAUUAGAGUGCUGGUGCACUUUGUGAAUCGAGAUUCCUUUGGUUUGGCCAAUGACUUUCUCUCUCUUGGAUUUAUCCCUGAAGGGGUUGAUGUACGGUCUGUGUCAGAUGCUUUGAAGGCAUCCUUUGGUGAUAGAACCAGACAAUCCCAAGAUUUCCAGGGAAUAAUGAAUCAGUUGUACGAUGUGAUGUACGAAUUCAAUUUCUCCCUUCCGCCUGACUAUGCAUUGGUGAUAAGAGCCCUGGGAUCGCUUGAAGGAACCGCAAAAGUUUUGGAUCCUGAUUUCAAGGUUGUGGAGAGUGCUUAUCCUUUCGUGAUUGGUCGACUACUGGUGGACCCCAGUCCUGACAUGAGGAAAAUAUUGGGCCAACUUCUGAUCCGAAAUGAUGGUUCUAUAAGAUGGAAUCGGCUCGAAAGACUGAUAAUAGCAAUAUCCGAACAAGCUUCAGAAACCGACGAAACCUCAUCAAAACCUCAAGGGACUCCUCCGAAUCCACUCGGGUGGAAAUCCUUCAACAUGCGUGCUGUUGUGGCUGCUACUGAGGACAUUUUCCAAUUCAUUCUUUCCAAAAAAGGCUCACGUGUACGGGUUUUCCUUAUCAGGGACCUUCUCAAGGCAGCCGAUACUUUCCUCGAACACAAAGUAGUAGUCCCUUGGUUUUCUGAUGAGGAUUUACGAACGCCCGAACUGGAAACUGAGGAUCAAGAAAUGCUGUCGAGAGUAGUUAAGGGGUUCCAAUCGUUCAGACACGCGGUGAGGUUAGCUCCAGAUGUCUGGACUGCAAUGGCUAUACGACUCGCUUUCAAACCCGAGUUUCAAAGCUUUGCACUCGACGUUAUAUCUGCACUGCUGGCACACUCGGGUCAAAAAUUGCCCGAUUCUACGUGGAUCUGUAUAUCGAAGAUGAUUCAUAAUCUAGCCAAGGACCAUCCUCAAAAUUCAUAG